AUGUAUGUCCUUACAUCAAAGCUCCUCGCCACUGGCCUCCUGGCCCUCUCGGCGGCUGCCGCCCCUGCGUGCCCUGGCCACCCCAAGGACAAAGAGUUUGUCACUGUCCAGGGAGACAAGUUCAAGCUGUCCGGAAAGGACUUCCACUUUGCCGGAAGCAAUGCGUACUAUUUUCCGUUUAAUGGAAACCAGCAAGACAUCGAGAAGGGCUUAACAGCGGCCAAGAACGCGGGUCUUACGGUAUUCCGCACUUGGGGAUUCAACGAUAAGAACAGCACUUAUAUCCCCGGUGGCUUGCCAAAUUACGGCGGUGAGGGUGCAGGCCCGUCCGAUGUCGUGUUCCAGUGGUGGCACCCCAAUGGUACCUCCACCAUCGAUAUCAGCGGUUUUGACAAAGUGGUGAACGCUGCGGACAAAGUUGGCAUCAAACUUCUGGUUGCACUGACCAACAACUGGGCCGACUAUGGGGGCAUGGACGUCUACACCGUCAACCUCGGGGGCAAGUACCACGAUGAUUUCUAUACCGCUCCCAAGAUCAAGGAUGCAUUCAAGCGUUACGUCAAGGAGAUGGUGACUCGCUACAAAGACUCCCCAGCCAUCUUCGCCUGGGAACUUGGAAAUGAACCCCGGUGCGGCGCUGAUGGAGUCCGCAACCUGCCGCCUAGCGAUAAUUGCACACCAGAGGUCCUUUCUUCUUGGGUGUCCGAGAUUAGCGCAUACAUCAAAGACUUGGACAGCAACCAUCUCGUGACAUGGGGCGGCGAAGGCGGGUUCAACCGCGAAUCCGACGACUGGGCCUACAAUGGUUCGGACGGUGGCGAUUUCGACCACGAGCUCUCCAUCGACACCAUUGAUUUUGGCGUCUUCCACUCUUACCCCGACUGGUGGAGCAAGACAGUUGAGUGGACAGACCAGUGGAUCCGUGAUCACGCCGCCGCGGGCAGGCAGGCUGGCAAACCUGUCGUACAUGAAGAAUAUGGCUGGCUGACGCCUGACAAGCGGCUCGAGUACACAGGCAAGGUAGACAACCGGUCCCGCGUCGAAGUUCUUGGUGGUUGGCAAAAGACAACUGUUGAGGAGAAGUUGGGUGGGAGCAUGUACUGGCAAUUCGGCUACUCGGAUUACUCCUAUGGCCGGAACCACAACGAUGGUUUCACCAUCUAUCUGGAUGACGAGGAGGCGCAGGCGCUGGUGUACGGGCAUGCCAAGGAGAUGAGUGCCCUCAAUGGUGCGGCGUAA